GUAGAAAGGAAAAAGAAACACGAGUUGUGACUUUUGUCUUGACUCGUGAUCAUGGACUCUCCGUUCAAACCUGAUGUUCUCAAAGGCAACGUAGCUCUCAUCACCGGCGGCGGAUCCGGCAUCGGCUUCGAAAUCUCCUCUCAGUUCGGCAAACAUGGAGCUUCCAUCGCCAUCAUGGGCCGCCGCAAGCAAGUCCUAGACGCCGCCGUCUCUCAUCUCCGUUCUCUAGGGAUUCCGGCUAUUGGGUUUGAAGGUGAUGUUCGUAAAGCAGAGGAUGCAAGAAGAGUCGUUGAAUCAACUUUUAACCAUUUUGGUAAGGUUGAUAUUCUUGUUAACGCCGCCGCUGGAAACUUUCUUGCUUCUGCUGAGGAUUUAUCCACCAAUGGCUUCCGAACAGUUUUGGACAUUGAUGCUGUGGGAACAUUCAACAUGUGCCGUGAAGCAUUAAAGUAUCUUAAGAAAGGAGGGCCUGGGAGAGACUCAUCAGGCUCCGGUGGUUCGAUUCUCAACAUUAGUGCUACUUUGCAUUACACUGCUUCUUGGUACCAAAUACAUGUCUCUGCUGCCAAGGCUGCAGUUGAUGCUGCGACAAGGAACUUGGCAUUGGAGUGGGGAACUGACUACGAGAUUAGAGUGAACGGGAUUGCGCCAGGCCCUAUAGGAGAUACACCUGGAAUGAGUAAACUUGGACCUGAAGAGAUUGAGAACAGAGCUGGAGAUCAUAUACCUCUCUUUAAGCUUGGUGAGAAGUGGGAUAUAGCCAUGGCUGCAAUCUACCUCAGCUGUGAUUCUGGGAAAUAUGUGAAUGGACUGACAAUGGUGGUAGAUAAUGGACAGUGGCUUAGUAGACCUCGACAUUUACCAAAAGAUGCUGUGAAGGAACUCUCUCGUGUUGUGGAGAAGAGGUCCAGGGCCAAACCGACCAGUAAACUUUGAAGUUUCAGAUCCCAUAUUAGUGUGUUGUUGGGUUUAGUGUAUUAUGUUGAGGACAGGCAAGAAAUGAUAUAAAGAUUCUGUUGGUUGAAGACAACAGUAGACCAGUAAACUUGAAAAAGAACAUUUACCACUGCCUUGUUUGGUUUUGUGAUUGUAUUACAUUGGAGACAAACAAUAUGGUAAUAAGAUUCUGUUGAUGAA